UAAUUUACCAUAUUAAUAUGCAUACCCGUAAUUAUUCUCUAACAAACAGAGAUACAUUCACUUAAAACUCCCUCGCUAGAUUCACCCCUGGCAAUUAUCGAGAAAAUAAACGCAGCCUAAAAAGGUGGGCGUGACGUUAAAAUCAGUCAGCUGACUGGUGUGAAUAGUUUGGGGUCAGCAGGGAACUUACCCUGUUAAACUUUAGCUUUCCAAUUAGUUUUAACAAAGUGUAGAAAAAGAAUUUGUUAACAAUGACUCUUCACUCGGCAGGAAAAGGAAAAUUGCUCGCUGUUAUUGGAGAUGAGGACACUUGCGUUGGAUUCCUCCUCGGUGGCGUUGGAGAAAUCAACAAAAAUCGCCAGCCCAACUUCAUGGUUGUAGACAAGAAUACUGCUGUGAGCGAAAUUGAAGAAACAUUCAAGCGCUUUGUGAAACGAGAUGAUAUCGACAUUAUUCUCAUCAAUCAGAAUGUUGCCGAAAUGAUCCGGCAUGUAAUUGAUGGACAUACUCAACCUGUGCCAUCGGUUUUGGAGAUCCCCAGUAAAGAUCAUCCUUAUGAUGCCAGCAAAGAUUCUAUUUUACGACGUGCCAGGGGUAUGUUCAACCCGGAGGAUAUCCACUAAGCUAAUCAACUUUGAUUCAAUUGGAUCGCCAAUAUUAACUGUGUAUAAUAAAAGUAUUAUGGACGGCAUAUUAUUUAUUAGUUUAAUAAUCACUACGUACUACCGACACUGUUGAAAUUUCUAUCAAAUUGUGGCAACUAAAAUAGACCGCCAGUUAUUAGAAGUCUUUACAUUCCAUUCUUUCGCUCGUGAUUCAUUGAUUCUUCACUAAUCUUACUGAGCCAUAAAUCUAGGAAUAUUGGCUAGAUCCCAAAUUCCAAAAUCAAGUGUAAUAUUCAGUACGGUAAUUUGAAUAACGAACCGUUGCGGUAGCCUUAGUUCAAAUGUGAAUUGUAAAUAGAUCUAUGAAUAGAUAUUAAAAGUGUUACAAAUUGCAACAAA